CCCCAAACCACCACCCCUUGAGGGUGUGAAGUCCAACCCUUCCAAGCGGCACCGGGAGCGGCUGAACCAGGAGCUGAACAAGCUGACUGGUUUGCUGCCCUUCCCAGAGGAUGUGCGCACCAGGCUCGACAAGCUCUCCAUUCUACGGCUGGCUGUUGGGUACCUGAAGGUGAAGAGCCACUUGCUGGCCACAGCUACGGAUGUUGGUGACUACAUGCUGGAUCAGCCCAGAGCUCCAGGAGGGAGCAGAUGGAUGGAUCCACAGGUCAACAAGGAGCUGUUUCCUGAGGGGGAACUGCUGCUCCAGGCACUCAAUGGAUUUGUCAUUGCUGUGACUGGAGAUGGUUUUAUCUUCUACAUCUCCCCUACUGUGCAGGACUACCUGGGCUUUCAUCAGUCGGAUCUCAUCUACCAGAGUGUGUACGAGCUGAUCCAUGCGGAUGACAGAGCCGCCUUCCACCACCAACUGCACAGGGCUCCAGUGUCCAGCAGCAGCCAGCAUGGUGAGUGCCAGGCCUUUCCCGUGGAGCUGCUGGCUGGAUACAGCCCCGAGGAGCCCUCCUUCAUGGAGAGAAGCUUCACCUGCCGCUUCCGCUGCUUGCUGGAUAACUCCUCGGGAUUCCUGGCCUUGCAUUUCCAUGGGCGCUUGAAGUGCCUCCUUGGGCAGCAGAAGUCACCAUCAGACAUGGCCCCAUUUGUCUUCUUCGCCAUCGCGACUGUCCUUCAGCCAUUCUCCAUCCUGGAGCUCCAGACCAAGACGCUGAUCUUCCAGACAAAGCACAAGCUGGACUUCACACCCACGGCCUGUGAUUCCCGAGGGACGGUUGUCCUGGGGUACACGGAAACGGAGCUGUGCAGGAGGGGGUCCGGGUACCAGUUUGUGCACGCCGCUGAUAUGAUGUACUGUGCUGAGAGCCACGUGAGAAUGAUGAAGACAGGGGAGAGCGGGAUGAUAGUCUUCCGGCUCCUGACCAAGAAGGGGGCCUGGGUGUGGGUGCAGGCCAGUGCCCGGCUGGUGUACAAGGGGGGCAAGCCCGACUGCAUCAUUGCCCGGCAGCGAGCCCUCUCGGAUGAAGAAGGAGAGGAACAUCUGCGGAAGAGAAACCUGCAGCUGCCUUUUACCUUUGUCACGGGGGAAGCGAUCUUAUACAGUAAUGACCUUCCUGAGCCCCUGGAUUCCUUCGAGGCAAAGAAGUCGCAGACACAAGCAAACUCCCACCUGAAGCAGUGCUUGGUAGACCCCAAGCCUCUUCUUGGGGCCGUGAUGAAGCAGGAUACAUCCAUACACAGCUCCCAUGGUGAUAACACGCCUCAGUUCUUGCCAGAGCUCAUCGCUGAGCCCAAUGGGCUGAGCCAGGAUGAAGGUGUCAGUGAUGCCAAGGAGGACAGUGACUCCCUCCUGGUCGUUAUUGAGACCCUCUUUGAGAAGAGUGAGGUGGAUGGAAACGUCUCUCGGAUCCUGCAGAGCCUCAACGUGGACAAUGCAGAGCUGCAGCGGUGGGAGAAGGCUCUGCUCAGCUUGGGUGCAGAGGAGAAGCUGCCAGCUCAGGAGGUUGACACUGAAGUGACAUCCUACAUGGAGCAGAUGCUUCUCGGGCAGGAUGCUGGGAAGAGCAUGGCCUUCCCGCAGUGCACUGCCUCACCCUGCGAUGAGGAGGAUG